AAUUUUCUCCAUCAAGAACCAAAACUAGCAAUGGAUCAAUACAAAGGUUCAGAUGUUGACAAAUACAGAUGCUUCAUGAGUGGUGAAGGUGAGAAGAACACCACAUGGAAGUUGGGUGUACCCCCUAACUUUGAUGUAGUCAACAAACUCUUUGAAGAAGGCAGAACCAAGAUAUGGCCCACAGGUUCACUAGAAGAACAAGUUCAAAAUCUGGUGAAAACAUGGGAAAUGGAAAUCUUUCACAAAAUGAAACCUCAAGAUUUCAAAACGAUGGAUGUCACAAAGUUAACAUUUUCUGUUAACGGUCAGAAACCUUUGACACCAAAAGGUGUAGCUAAGAUAGGUGGAGGGUACAAUAUGUUUCUUCAAACUUCAUUGCCGCAAAAUUUACGAAUGUAUGAUUCUAGUGAGGAAACCGUUGAUACGGCCCACAAACUCUUCACCACCACGUUUCCAAGAGGUUUCGCGGUGGAGAUUCUCCAGGUUUAUUCCGGUCCUCCAGUGAUCGCGUAUAAAUUCAGACACUGGGGUUACAUGGAAGGACCAUUCAAAGGCCAGCCACCUACCGGUGAAUUAGUAGAAUUGUUCGGUGUAUGUACAAUGGAGUUGGAUGAGAACUUCAAAAUCGUGAAGGUGGAAUUCUUCUAUGAUAGAGGAGAAUUGCUCGCUGGUCUCAUGAAGGGUGCCGGUGCCACCACUGUAGAUUCCAUUACGGGUGGAGAGUCGUCAGCAUGUCCUUUUUCUUAGAGGAAAGGAUAUGGAUUCAUUUGCUAGUGAAAUGAACAUGGAAUAAUUUAACGUGAUUGGAAAAAAUAAACUUAUGUGUUUCUUUGUUCCUUUUGUCUUGUGACUAAUUGUAAUGUGUUAUGUGUAUGCAUGUUCAAAAUCUUCAAAGUUUUCAGUCAUAAUCAGUAAUGAAAAUUUACACUUUGUCCUAUAA